CACUGACCUUUCUUUAAAACUCGCAGACCCUAGAGAAGAGAAAUGGAAAAUUGGAGAAAAAUAUUUUGAACACAGAAGCAAUGUCAGACUACUUUCCUGAGGAAAUCAUACAAAGAAUCCUGUUGAGGUUGCCUACGAAAUCCCUAAUCAAAUCAACCCUAGUCUGCAAGUCAUGGAUGUCACUCAUCAAAUCCUCUACCUUCAUUCAAUCCCAUCUCUCCACCACAAUCGACACCAACAACCAAAACGAUGCCCACCUCCUCCUCCUCAGCGCUUUCUCUUACAAGGUUUCUGAUCGUCUGCACUGGUUGCAUUGGGAUAGCCCUGAAUUCGGUGAGUAUUCCUUGCUUGCAGACCCAGUCACUUUCUUGGAAAACGAAACUAUUUCCGAUCUGAAGGUAGUCGGAACUUGUAACGGGCUCAUAUGCCUUGCGCCUCACCUAUCUGAUAACCAUUCCCCCACUUUAAUUUGGAACCCAUGUAUUAGAAAGAUUGUGAUUUUGCCUAGCCCACCUGCUUGUUUUACCUCUACUGAGUCUAAGUAUGAUGUGUGCAUAGAGCAUGGCUUUGGCUAUGAUUUACAUUCCAAUGACUAUAAGGUGUUGAGAAUUGUGACUCUUCCUGAUGAUCAUUUGGACUUGUCCCGAUUCGCCACCGUGGUUCAGGUUUACUCAUUAGCCAGGGGCUCCUGGAAGACGCUUGAUGCUUCUGUUGUUCCUGUAGAUUUGCAGGGGGGUGGUUCUGGUAUUGUAUUUCUCAAUGGUUCUCUGCAUAUGCUUGAAGUUCGUUUAAGUGUCGAAUAUGAUGAUCAUACGUAUGAAUAUUGUAAGUAUGGUGGAGAUACUUUCAUUGCUUCAUUUGAUAUGGCCACCGAAUUAUUUGGCGAGGUGAUGAUGCCAGAAGCUUUACAGAGCAACAGAUGUACGAUUUCAAAAUAUGGGGACUCCCUUGCCUUGAUUAAGCAUUAUGAUUAUAACUGUGGUUGUGACAUAUGGGUAAUGAAAGAGUAUGGUGUCACAGAGUCGUGGACAUAUUUGUACAAGAUAGCUGGGUCUCAAGAUCGUAUAUAUGGUUUCAAAAGGUGUGGGGAAGUUGUUCUGAGUGAGGAAAAUAAUCUUGGUUGGUUAAGAAUGAUUUCGCUGGAUCCUAAGAGCAAACAAGUUCAAGUUUUCGGAAAUAAGGAUUAUAUUUACUACUUCAUGGAUUCUUUUGUAGAGGGUCUCAUCUUGCUUGACCACGUCAAUGCCAUUUCGUACCAAUGAGCAAGGAAGAAAAAAAUGAGGCGGUGACCAUGAGACUAUCCUUUGCCCGUUAGUCUUCUUAGGUCUGUGAACUUGGCAUGGAACUUCUUAUCUGAAAUGCUGUUGGUCAUGUUAUCUGCACCUUGGCCCUUUGGAGUCUUUGUUGGCAUACGACUGUUUCUGGUUUUCUCUGUUGUUCUGGACUUUCUGGUGUAUAUGUAGAAUGUUUAUUUAGCUACUGUAAACCGUAUUUCACUUUUAUGUUUAGUUUGAAGUUUGGAUCUGUACCUCGCAUGUUUUCUAAUGCUGUUUGCAAUUUUCUUUUUCUUUCUUCAACUUAAUUUCUUGGAGUUGCUGUCCUUGCAUCAGAGUCUCUUUAUAUAUGCCAAGCCAGCUUCUUAUGCUCUACAAAACUAUUCAAAAAUACGGAAAUGCUCCCCUUUUCUUUUUCUGGACUUCAAUGUUGUGCUCACAUGGGAAUUGGUUCUAAUAUCUGCCUCAAUCGGGUUUUUGUUCUUAAACACAUUAUUUCAAUCCUUUUUCUACCUCUCAUGGAGUGUCAACAAAACAAAUAUUUCUCUUCUACUAUCUGCAAACAAGCUACUCUACAUCUUCAAUUAAUUCUUUUCAUGUGUUGCGACGAAAAAUCGUAAAAAUGCAUGUCAUAUUUUGACUAAAUUUUGAGUAUAGUACUAGUGUUAGGCGGUUGCAUGAUUAUGGAACUGUUUGAAUAAUUUGUAAACUUAAAGUGUCAAAAGUGUCUCUAUAGAUGAUAAUUGAGAUAUUAUUUUCAUUGUCUGGUAUCUUUUCUCUAAUUACUAUUGAUGACAUUUGUUGUUUUAAUUUUGCUUGUCAUCUUUCAAAUGACUUGAUCAACACUAUGCAACUCCAGAAUUUCUAGGUUCACAUAUUUGUUACUCCACCCGGUCGGAAUCCUCCUAUCUCAGUCACACGGUGGCGUUUCCUCUCAUUACCUCGCCUUUGUCACUUUACCAUUUCUGUCUUGGGCGUCCGACUGCAAAUUCCGGCCCAAACAGCACCUAACUAAGCACAGUCUGAGUCUCUAUACUCUAACCACAAAAUUCAAAAGUUAAUGACAGGUCAGGCUGUGACGGCAGCCCUCGUAACAGCCCAAUCAAAAAGCUCAAGCAGCUCUAACUAACUCCAUAUCCCAGUAACUAUAACCAAACUCAAUCACCGCAUCACAGUUCCCCGUAACUAUAACCGAUUUACAGAGAGAGAAAGAAAGCGAGUAAAACUUUCUAGAGAGAGAAUUAGAGAGAGAGAUUCAAACAAAGAAAAGGAACCGCCAUUUUUCCAAGAGAGAGAGAAAGCGAUCCCAUGGCGCCGUUUCCAUGUUCAAGCGAACGCACUGCUGCUUCGGCUCUGCUCCUCCUCACUGUCACGCCACCACCGCCUUCCAAGGGCUGUUUGGAUGAUGGCGAUGAGUCAUCGGUGGUGAGAUCGGAGCUAGGAAAGAGCAAGAGUACUAUUUCCAGAGAUCAGAGCUUUGUUUCCGGCGACUCCAAAUCCUGCUGCACUUCGUCCUUGCUUGCUGGUUCCAGGGAGGAGAUUCAAGCUCGCACAAUCAGGAUGAUUGCUUUUGCAGCUCUUCAUCGUGAUGUGAAGCUCAAAGCCGUGCAGAAAAACCGCUCGAAGAUCCAAGGCGGCGGCGUGAAAUUCAACAGCUGGAAAACUCUCUCGGGCGUGAAGGUGGCCAUGACGACGUCGUUUGCGGCCUCCACGUCCUCGGAGUCCUCGUGCCUGUCCAGCGCGGCUUCGAGCGCGCGAAGCCGUUACUACGAGCCGAAAGCCGCUGGGAUCAGCUGGACUAAUAAGAAGAAGAAGAAGCAGGUGGGGUCGGUUAUGCUGCGGCGCAAAGCCGAAGCCAUUCUGAAGCUGCUCUCUCAAGGCUGCUACUCUGAAGUCAAGAUCCGUCAGACUCUCGGUGACAGUCCGGACACCAGCAAAGCGCUCCGACUGUUGUUGAAGUUUGAGGAGGUGAAAAGAACAGGCGCAGGAGGCCGUCGCAGCCCUUAUAUUUACACGAUAGCAUGAGGAGAUCGAUGUCAUUCGUAGCUAGGGUUUCAGCGGGAAGUUUUGCUAUUCAUCGAUAGCCAAAACGGAGAAUAUAUCUAUAUCUAUAUCUAUAUCUAUCUAUAUCUAUAUAAUAGGCAGCUUAAAAAGAAAAAGGAAAACAUUUAUUCUUACUAGCUAGGUAGUUUCAGCAAUACAUAUCUGGCCUAGAAUAUCCUUCUUA